AUGACGGAAGAGGAAGCUGAGAAGGAAGAGAAUAGAAGUUCUGCUGUACAUCUGAACUUCAACAAUGUGGACGAUGUUGAAGACACAGGUGGUGAUGAACAUUUGUCUACCCUGAGCAGCCCAGAGGAAACAACCCCCCCAGGCUCUUUAAAUGUUGGAAGUGGCCAACUGUCAAUGAAAUCAAAUGAUCAUUCUUGUGAGAUCUGUGGUAAAGUUUACAAGUACCUGAGUUCAUUCACAAAGCACAUGCAGCAGCACGGUUAUCUGGAACCUGUUCAUAAAUUAAACCCCAAAUCAUCCAAGUACGAGUGUCCAGACUGUGGGAUGAGGUUUGUGAGGAAGGCACGGCUUUGUGGGCACAUGAGAAUUCACAAGUCACGUGGACCAGUUAACUUGGAAUCUCUCAAGUGUGAUCAGUGUAACAAAACGUUUGCCAGUGAAAAGUCAUGGAUGACUCACAUUGAGCUCCAUAAAUUGAAACCAUUUUGGUGUCUGAGUUGUGCCAAAGGGUUUUUCAGUGAGGAUUCACUGGAGAAACAUCUGCUGAAUCAUGAUCUGAGAAAGUAUAGCUGUAAUAUUUGCAGCAAGAGCUUUCGUCUGCACACACAGCUUAUGCAUCAUCUCAACACCCACACUGGAGCAAAACCUUUCCAAUGCACAGUCUGUGGGACAUCUUUUUCCCACCCUGGGAAUCUAAUAUCUCACAGAAAAAAGCAUGUCAGAGUUUAUGCUGGAUCUGCUGGGAUGCCUCUGGGGAUGAAGAGAUCUGCAAUCAUUGCAAAGAAGCUAGAGAUUAAAAAGCAGAGACUAGCUUCAGCCAGCGCCACUGAGGAAACGGAUGCAAACAUGAGUGAGCUGCAAGAGGAGAGAGAUUGGAUGGAGGAGAGCAGAACUAAAAAUACUCAUGUCAAUGCUGAGUUUGGGGACAGUGCACAACAUGAUGACAUGACCGCUAGGGAGCUUCUACGUCUUGGCAAGAUAUCAAAGCCACAGGUCACUGAUGCAUUGAGAUCAGCGAUGUUGCAGACACAACCUGGACAGCAGCUUGACCAGACGGACACACCAGACACAAUCAUGUUUGAAGAGCACAAGUAUUGGGAAUGGGAGUGUUGCUUAUGUGAGAUGGGCUUCGAUGAAGUGGCAGAGCUGCAUAUGCAUUAUAUAAAACAUGCUUCUGGGGAGUUGCCUGUUCCACAUGACGUUUUAUGA